AAGUUCUUCCCCCUUUUUUUCAGACUUUAUUUUGUCCUUACUAUAGAACCAUAGUUGCCAAGACAUUAUAUAAUUGAAUGUGGGUUUGUAUUCUUGAUGCUAGGCCUUUUUCUGUUUAGAGCAGGCUGCAUUUUUCUUUCUCAUAGAUUUUUGGGAAAUUAUGUAUGGGAGAUAGAGAAGAUUGAGAUUAAUAUCUGGUUCAUGCACCCUGCAAUAAUCCUGCUCAUCCAAAGUUAUAAGCAAGUCAUUAAAAACACACGCCAAAACAAAAUCCAGCUCUUUAAUGUGCAUUUUCUUCUCUUCUGUCAAACUUGAUUCCCUUACCAAGUCAGGCUCUUGAAUGACCAAGAGGAAAAUCCACACACUUAUACACGCAUCCCUCACAUAGGAGAGUUCUCUAAAGACAAAAAUCAGGUCUGUCUUCUUCUGGGUCAUUGCCUUCCUCAUCAUCCCUUCCUUCCCCUUUUGCAUAUCUCAGGUUCCACAGAAGUUACUGCAACUGCAAAUUCUCUGAAAUUUCUUCAGAUCAGAUAUCAUUCAGAAUCUUGGAAAAGUUUUGGCUUUUGGUGGUUACAAAUUCAGGAAGAAUUAAGCAAUGGAUGGUGUAUAUGGAUACUCCAGACAGGGUAGUGGAGUGUGGAGAUCUUUGAGGGAUGGAGACUUUGAGGAAGAAGAUGUUUGGGCUGUUCUCAAGGAAAGAAAAGAUUACAGUCCCAAGGUAGGCCAAUCAAUGGAAUCCGCUGUUUCUGCUAAAAGACAUUUCCCAAGUGCUGCAAGAAUGAUCCCAAAAGCUACUUCUGCUUCUGCUGUUGCUGCAGCUACUAGCAGUGAUAGUUCUAGUUCCUGCCAUGAGGCCAAUGGACUCAGACAGCAAUCAGCCCCUGUCAACAUUCCUAAUUGGUCCAAGAUUUCUGGGAAGAAAUCAAAGAAGGCUUCUUUCAAGAAUUCUUCAUGGCUUGAUGAUGAUGAUGAUGAUGACAAUGAUGGAAUUGUUGAUGAUUGUGGAGAUAGUGAUGAUGAUGGUGAUAAUGAUGAUGAAGAUGAUGAAUAUAACUCUAAGGUCCCUCCACAUGAAAUUCUGGCUAGGAGGCUUGCAAGGAGUCAGAUUUCUUCUUUCUCAGUUUUUGAAGGAGUUGGCAGGAAACUGAAAGGGAGAGAUCUCAGAAAAGUGAGGAAUGCUGUUUUAACCAAAACAGGUUUCCUUGAAUGAUACCAUCCCCAACAGCUCAUCAACAUGAUCUUGAAAGGUACAAUGUCAGUCCUCGAGGGUUCCCAACUUCCCUCCCAUUCAGUUCUUCUCAUAGUGUUUAAUGCUUGUGUAUGUACAAUGGGUUUUGUGAUGGCUGCUUAGUCAUGGAAUUGUUGAGCAGCUUUGUUAAGGAUCGAAAGAGAUUCAUUCUUGUGUAAAAUACAAAUUGAAUGAAUCAAUGAUCAAAUUCUAA